AUGGACAUAGCCAGCUUUGGACACGAUUCAAACAGCUCUGUUCGAGCUCGAAGACGUUCAGAACCCGGCAUUGUACCCUCAAUCGUGGGCUUCACCAAAGACUCCGUGGCCCACGAGUCGGAUCGUCUAGCUCCCGGAGACAGGAUUUGCAGCGUCAAUGGCAUUUCCACCGCUCGCCUUACCAAUGAUGAAGUCCUUCGACUGUUGGAUAAUGUGGAGGAAAGGGCGUCGCUGGAGGUGGAAUAUUAUAUGCCAAAUUAUGCAUCUCAAAACUCGCUGUACAUCACAACCAAGCUAGCAGAAGUCCCCGUAGAGAAGAUUAACGGUUCUUUAGGCAUCACUAUCCGAGGUGGUCUACCAGAGAAUUCCGCUCCAAGUGCAGACCUCGUGCUCAACAGUAGGUCCUUGGAUGCUCAACCUUUAGUUGUGACGCAUGUGAGGCCUGGUGGAGCAGCUUACAGUACUUCUAGGAUAAAACCUGGAGACAGAUUAUUGAAAGUUGACCACGUCUCACUUACCAAUAAAACACUAUCAGAAGUCCACUCCAUCCUGCAGAACUGUCCUCAAGUUACAAGCUUAACCAUAGAAUAUGACGUUUCCAUCAUGGAAUCUGUGAAGUUAGCUACGGGUCCGUUACUAAUAGAAAUUGAAAGGCCUUGUAACGAAGACUUGGGCCUGUUCCUAACAAACCAGAGAUGCUCUGAAGAUGUCUACAGUUCAGGUUCCGACACGUAUCAAAGAGUUGGAAGUGGGACCUGUAAUGCUAUUUAUAUUGACAGUAUAUUGCCCGCCAGUAUAAGUGACAGAUGUGGGGCUUUGCAUCCAGGUGACCAAGUCUUAGCUUUUGAUGACCAUGUUAUAGAUGGGAAUAACUACACUGCAGAAGAAGUGAUGUGCUAUCUAGAAAAUUGUGAAGGAGGUUUCACGAGGCUCCAUGUGGCACCAAGACACGUUGUUGGACAUUGUGGGAGGUAUACUAGAGAAAAUUCAAUAUCGGGUACAUCGACGUUGAACACGAAAAAACAUCAACGUCAACGGAACUACAGGCAGAGUUCCAUGCCCAAACUAGGUUUACAAGAUGAUUACGAUAGUCAACAGAACUACAUGAGCAUGGGUGUAUGCAGAACUGAGUCUUUGAACAUACAGUUGGAAGUGCCUCCAGGUCAAAGUUGCGGAUUGGCUGUUCAUGAAGAUAAUGCUAUGUUAGUGAUAUCACAUGUUGCUGCUCAAUCGCCUGCAUACAGAUCUGGUUGUCUCCAAAUAAGAGAUCGAGUUAUGUCUAUUAAUGGACAUGAGAACUUGACCGUAGAUGUUGCUAACGAGAUUCUGCAACGGAGAAAUGACUCUCACAAUCCUAAAUAUUUGACACUUAAUAUAGAAUUUAGUAUGCCAAAUACUAUUGAGGCUUCUAGUGGUGUGUUCAAUGUUAAAUUGGCGAAAACUACUGCUGGACUUGGUGUUACUAUUACAGGGUGUAAACAAAAACUAUUAAGCAAUGAGGAACCGAUGGUGAUAUCAGAUAUAAAGCCGGGUUCCGUUGCCCACCGAAGCGGGGCACUAGCUCCUGGUGAUCAACUUCUAGCCAUCAAUGGACAACCACUUCAUAAUUUAUCUUUGGAUACGGCUUUUAAUAUUCUCCAAAACUCACCUGAAGAUAUAAUUACCCUUAAAAUUCGGAAACGGGAUCUUACAGAAGACUGGUCAAACAUUCAUAAGCACAAUGCGAAAUUGACUCUUCAGAGCUUUAGCAACAUUGAAACAAAAGCUGUAAUCCAUAGCGGCGAAGACUCUGGUCAUCAUACUGAAAGCCCUAACAAUAGUGCAAAAGAAAGUGAAAGAAGUCAUACAAGUAGUAAUGAGAACAGUAAUUCUGUUGUAUUUACCGUGGAACUGAUUAAACAAGAGAGUGGGCCUUUAGGAUUAACCAUUGCUGGAAGUGAAGAUGUCACUCAGCCUAUUUUACUCAGUGGACUUGUUGAAGGUGGCGUUGCAGAAAAAUGUGGCAAACUAGCUAUAGGCGAUGAACUUCUAACAAUAAACGGCGAAAGUGUUUUAAAUAAACCUCUUUCUGAAGCAAUUAAACUUCUACAACAGAGUGGACAAAGGGUACAGCUGCAGCUCUGUAGAAAAAUUACUGGCUCUCUUGAAAGUGCAGAAUCGAGUGCUAGAGAUUCCAGUCAUUCUACGUCGAGCCCUGGAUUAUCUAACGACAGCGCUGUCGAAUCGUGGGAUCAAAACACGCCAGUCAGAACAAGUGCUAAUUGUGGUAACUCCGAAGUAAUAGAAUAUGCAGUACCUGACAAAACAAGAAUGAUGGACAAGCAACCGUAUUCUCCAACUGACGAAGAUAAAUUAUUAGCAUCCAGUUUUAACGCUGGAGCGCCAUACAGUAUCAAUGACCUGCCACUACCGAAUUAUUCUCUAAACAAUUCUCUGAAGACUUUCCACUAUGAAAACACAUGUAUCAUUCCGGAUAAUACACUAAAAAAUAAAACACACAUUACAAGGGAAGACGAUGUUCAACAAAUAGAAAUUUUAACAACAAAUAUGAAGGAUUGUCAACUUCAUAAUAUGGAGAAAUCCUCAUGUAAAUGUGACUACGUUCAAAUGGGUCCAUACGGAAUAGUAUCACCGAAAACUAGAAGGCCAAAUUGGGACAGUGAUUAUCUAAGUAAUGGAAUUUACACAGUAACUACGCCCCAGAAAUCUCCUCUGAAACCCGGCGUUCCGGGAACGAGUUUUCAAUUUUCAACAAGUCCUAUUUACGAGAACGAUGUACCAGGCCUCUACAGCUCAGAAGCCGUAUCACCAGCCAGAGGGUCCAUUCACCACGUGAUACUUUACAAAGAUGCUAUCUAUGAUGACUAUGGAUUUUCUGUAUCAGACGGCCUAUAUGAGAGAGGAGUAUAUAUCAAUCGAAUUCGAAAAGGAGGUCCAGCCGAUAUUGUGGGGCUCUUAAGACCCUAUGAUAGGAUUCUGCAGGUAAAUGGGACAAGGACGGUGGAAUACGACUGCUGUCUAACAGUUCCCCUCAUCGCAUCGGCUGGAGAUCGACUUGAAAUUAUCGUGCAGAGACUCGUCACGUCACGGGAUUUGAAAAAUCAACGGCUGGAUGACAACUCAAGCCCGAGCGACAGCAGUAUCGUGACAAAGACAAUUUAG